AUGUUCCGCGCCCGUUCGUGGCGGGGACGUUGUCUGGAAUGUGUCGCGGAGAGGGUGCAGCAGACAGAAAUCAACAAUAAGAAGGACGGCGAGGAAGCCCAUCACCGUCUGCUCCGGCUGAUCACCGAUUUCACCGACAGUGCAACGCUGCAAUUUAACGAAGUCAAGACCUUCUUACGACCACCCAUUGAUUCUGGAUCCCUCCAUCUCGAUCUCGCCCUUUCCAUCGGAUUAGCCUCAUCAUCGUGCUCACCCUCCUCCAUCCGUGCCAUCCGUGUGUGUCGGAUCUGCUGUCGUGGCCUCGAGAACCCAGACCGAGACGCCCAGUCCUGA